GGAAGGGCAGAAGCAGAAGCAAACUCUUGGGCCGGUCGCCAUCAUAGUUAGCGAUGCGACAGUUCUUCCAGAACCUCUACCCGUUCGGCUCCUCCCGUGCGCCGCGCAACCCACUGGACCGGGAACAGCAACCGCCUUCGCGCGCCGUCUCCGAGUUGACCAGCCCCGCGGCGGCCGUGCACUCGCGCUCGCUCGAACAUUCGAUAUUGAGCUUCGCCGUGGACCUCUACCGGCAGCUGUCGCUUGCCACCGGUAAUGCUGGGAGUCAACAGGAGUCCGCCACUAGCAUCAGCAUUGGCAACGACAAGGACGGUGUGACCACUGCGGUGGCCCCGGACAACCUGGCAUUCUCGCCGUUCGCAGUGGCUGCCGCUCUGUCCAUGACCCUGGCGGGCGCCCGCUGCCGCACGGCCAAGGAGCUGGCGUCGGCGCUUCACGUGCGCGACGACGACCAGGUCCACGGCCAGUUCGCCGCGCAGCUGGCGCAGACCGCGAGCCGAGCGCUGAAGGUCACCUUCGAGGUGACGAACCGCAUGUACGCCGACCGGCAGUACCACGUGCUCGAGGGCUACCUCUCCUUCCUGCGAGACACGUACGGCGACGGCACCGUGCGCUCCGUAGGCUUCGCCGAGCAUCACCGCGAGGUGCGCGCCGAGGCCAACGAGCACGUGGCCCGCCUUACGGCCAACACGGUGCGCGAACUCCUGGCCGCCGACAGCAUCGGCCCCGGCACAGUGCUGGCUCUCGUCAGCGCCGCAUACUUCUACGGCGCCUGGGAGUCGCCCUUCCAGCCGGUGUUCACGGGGCCCGACGAAUUCUACGUGGACUCCGAGACCGUGGUUCGCGUGGACAUGAUGACGCAGAUGCACUCGUUCGCCAUGUCCCACUGCGACCAGCUGCAGGCCACCGCGCUCGAGAUUCCGCACCUGGGUGGGAAGACCGCGAUGAUCUUCCUCCUUCCGGACGAGAUGGGCGGGCUGCGCACGCUUGAGCAGAACCUGACCGCGGCCCGGCUAUCGGACCUGCUGCACGGCCUGCGCGAGAGGCCCAACGUGAUGCUCAAGCUGCCAAAGUUCGUGGUGCAGCAGAGCCUGAGGCUGCGCGACGCCCUCGGCGCCAUGGGCGUCCGCGAGCUGUUCACGGCGCGGGCCAACCUUUCGGGCAUCUUCGAGACCGGAAGUCCCAACCUGUCGGACGUCUUCCACGGCGCCUUUCUGCAUGUGAACGAAGAAGGCACGGGGUCCACGUCGCCCGGGACUGACUACGUGGCCGGGGGCGGGCCCGGGAUGGGCGACAUCACUCACUUCGCGGUUAACCGGCCCUUCAUGAUCCUCAUCGGGCCCAGGCGGUCGAGCAUCUUCUUCCUGAUGGGCUCCGUGCGAAGACCGUAAAGCCCGCCGUGACCGGUAGCUGGCGCCACCGCAGCGCGCGAAGUCUUGUAUACCGGAAGUCUUGUAUACCGGAAAUAUCGUACCGGAAGUCUCGGGAGCACUUUCGGUAGUACACUCUACUUUCGGCGCAGCCGUUUAACAUUCGACAUGGGGCGAUGUUAGAGUGUACUAGAAUACACUCUAGCGCUGUUUCUGGGCACUCAAAUUCCGGCAAAUUGUCUGAUUCCGCCAUGUUUGCACUUUGCGCCAAUCACAACAUGACGGGAUGAUGAAUUUGGAAACCCGGCGGUGUUCAACAGCGUCCUGACUCCCUGCGCGUCGCUUUAUACGCGCCAGCCUCCGGCAGCCAGGGCCGGAGCGCGAUGACUCCUGUGCCUGUAUAAGGAAGGAGAUCUCUUCCUUCACACCGUGACGCAGCACAUGAACUCGCAGUGCGCUCACAGUGGCGGCUGCGUCGCCGUUUAAUAAACCGAAACGGGACUCUGUAUGUAAACGUAUGAUCUGUCGCAGCCGUGUCAAACAAGCAGGAUCUCGCGGAUGAUGUCGUGGGAGCGAAAUUAGCGACGAUGGCGAGCGGUUUAAGUGUUGCAGCAGCGCUGAUUAUUUCGGAUAAAGCAAGAAAGAAAGAAAAAAAUGCUUAACGCUUUCGCAUUUCUUCAGUGUUGCUCAUCACUAUCGUAUAGCUGCAACUUAUCGCUUAAAAAUAUGUUGAGUACAUUGCAGAGCGAUUUUCUGUAAACUAAAUAAACGCAAGAUGUCACAGGCAUCGCAAUCUGAAUCGUACGUGAUAUAUCCAAGGGCAUACGGGCGAGGAGUGGGUGUAUUGAUUUGUUUUAUUGAUUUCAUAUACAUGGCCAUGGUUCUGCGCAUUCUACUGUAAGGAAAUUCCGGAAUUGACCCGGUUGAGAAGUGUCGUAGCUGGCGCGCACCAGCAGUCGUCACUUCAGACUUUAAUAUGAAGCACACGAACAUGCGGUGAAGUGUGUUCAGUCUUCUGCGUGUUGUUGGCGACCGAUGUGUCCGCACUGUAGCAGACGUCUGCUAGGUAGCUAGUGCCAUUUUGUGGAUUGUUUCGAACUGGAAUAUAAUUUGCCCUUUCCACAGGCCCGAUAAAUAGCAUUUGGCCGAGAACAAGCCGUUUGUACAUCCGCAGCCAUAAGUGCUUCCUAAGGACACGCCCAGAGACUCCAUACAGUACCGAAGUAUGCUCGAGCUAUAGCCUUCUAUAUUUUUUCAAUACCAGCCCAGUGACACACAAACCGGGGGUCACUGAGGGGGUGCCACUUUCCAUGUAGUUGGACACAGCUUAUGAAGCGCGCAUGGUUAGGGUUACGUCAACUAUCGUUCCUGGCAUGUGAUCGCACGCCAUGCAGAAAGCAAGAAUCGGUCACGAGGUGGCAGCAGCGCCCAGCUUAAGUUGUCCAUGCUCUAGCAACAACAGGGCUUCAAUGACUGGUAUGUGGUACCAGUAAUACUUGUUGCUGGGUUAGUCAGUUCUUAACUGAGGUGCCGCCGCGGUGGACCAUGUGGGUCCCAAGCAUUGCGGAACAAUGGCUCCGCAAACCAUGGGAACCAUUGGGCAGGUAUUGAAAAAUGUAGGAGGCUGAGAGGUCCGAGUUCGGUGUCUGUGAGUAGGUCAUCAUUGUGGAGAAUUCGCUUCGUUGAGGCCUUGAUGUUGACAAUAGUGUUCAGAAUAGCACAAUUGACGACUUGGGACGCAUUGUGUUCGUAGAGACUACGAGACAAGCGAGGACAGCAAGACACCACGACAGGUUAAGUGCACUUCGGAAACAUAGCUUGGUCGCUUGUCAAAUAUUCAGCUUAACAAUUAGGCGGGAUUGCAGA